UCUUCAGCUACCUUCAUUUAUGUUGGCAAGCUAGAUUUCUGAAACAUCGGUCGUCUAAAACAUGCUAGAAAAUACGAACACGAGUUCUUUGCAUACAUCUGCCAGCAAGCCUAUGUUCUGUUUAAAGUAAUGGCGUUUGCAACAAAAAGUUUGCGGCAUUUAUAUAAAAUAUAUAAUGGAAAUAGAGCAAGUGUAUAUUCGGCGCUUCGCGUACCGAUCGUACGAAUAUCAGUUGUUCAAACCGCACAAAGACAUUAUUAUAACACUGAGACACAUAGACCAAAAAUAACAGGUAGUUUAACGAAUAUACAAUCAGCUGGAGGAACUGUUCAAUCCCUAACACAGGAAAGAUUAGAUAAUAAGAAAGUAGAUGAAGAACAAAAGGAAGAAGCAGAGGAGAAAGAGAGACGAGAACAAUCACAAAGACUGCUUAAAUAUAGUUUUGCAUUUCUGGGAGCAUUCACCACCAUUGGACUAUCUUAUAUAAUAUAUAAUUUAACAAAAACCAAGUAUGAUGAACAUGGAAAUGUUAUUGAAGAUGAAUUCUCAAAUUUACCAUUCUAUGAAAGAAUAUAUAAAACACUCAGGAGAGAAUUUAAUUAUUAUACUAAGAUGGUACAGGAACCUAGUAGAGAUAAGCUACUUCCAGAUCCACUCAAAUAUCCUUACAUUCAACCACCAUACACUUUGGUAUUAGAAUUAACAGAUGUUCUUGUACAUCCUGAUUGGACAUAUGAAACUGGUUGGAGGUUUAAAAAACGACCUGGAGUGGACCAAUUUCUAGAAGCUGUAGCUCCACCACAAUUUGAAAUUGUUGUAUAUACAGCGGAACAAGGAAUGACUGUUUUCCCUAUUUUGGAUAUCUUAGAUCCUAAUGGAUAUAUCAUGUACAGAUUAGUAAGAGACACAACGCGUUUUGUUGAUGGUCAUCAUGUUAAGGAUUUAGAUGCUCUUAACCGCGAUCUUCGUAAAGUUAUAGUAAUUGACUGGAAUUCACAAAGUACGAAGUUCCAUCCUGAAAACACUUUGAGAUUACCUCAAUGGACUGGAAAUGAUGAUGAUACAACAUUGUAUGAUUUAGCUGCAUUCCUAAAAACUAUAUUAGCGACAAACGUUGAUGAUGUUCGAGAAGUUCUUAAUUACUAUAAGCAAUUUGAUAAUCCAUUACAAGUCUUUAGAGAAAAUCAACGAAAGUUAUUGAUGCAAAUGGAAGAAGAAGAGAGUAAGGCACAACAAGAGAGUAAUAAAGUACUUACGUCAAGAUGGAAAUCAACUUUCAACCGAAAUCCUUAAGUUGUAUCAGAAAAUGCAAUGUUGUAGAUUACAAAACUUGUAAAUUAUUA